UCACACAUAUAGUGAAAUGUAUUUUUCUUCUCAUAAAAAUAUUGAAAAUUAAUAUUUCUGCUAUUAAUAUAAGGUUGGAUUAAAGAAUAAAUAUGACUUCUUAAAACCCCUCUUUAAACCCCCGGUGGCCGCAUAAUUCCGGCGAAAGAGCUUAACGGAAGAGAAGAGAGAGAGAGAAGAAAGGGGGGAGAGCGAAAUCAUCAUCACUUUUCAAGUAUGGCGGCAGAUUCAGAAACCGAGAGCCCUUCGCCACAAAUUUUUAUUCCUAAUGAAUGGUCGACCGCAGCCGACUUGAUAGCCUGUGGUGCUGUUUCUUUUCCGAUUGCUUUUGUAUGCGGCCCCAAAAAAAGUGGGAAAACAACUUUUGCACGCCACCUCGUUAAUGUCCUUCUUCAGAGGCACAAAAGAGUUGCUUUUCUUGAUACUGAUGUUGGGCAGACGGAGUUUACUCCGCCUGGUCUCCUAGCACUAACUGUUAUUGACAAAAUUACCCCAGAUUUGACGAUUCCAUGCGUGAAAACUCCUGCAAGAUGCUUUUUCUUUGGUGACAUCUCCUCUAAAAGAGACCCAACAACCUAUUUGACUUAUAUAAAGGCCCUUUAUGAUCACUAUAUGGAAACAGAAAUCCAGGGUGCAGGGCUACCACUUGUCAUAAAUACCCCAGGCUGGGUAAAAGGUAUUGGAUAUGAGAUACUGGUGGAAAUGCUAAGAUAUAUAUCUGUCACACAUGUGGUUAAGCUUCAAAGAUUGGUUCUCGCUAGGAACUUACCAGAUGGGGCAUUUUGGUUAAACGAGGGGGAUGCUGAUGCCACCACCACAACUGUUAUUGAGAUUAAUGCUCCUUCUCAGAACCAUUUAACUUCAACGGCGCCAAUGCGAGAGGAUGCACGUCUUCUACGAGAUCUGCGACUAAUGGCGUACUUUAGGCAAUGCUUUCCAAGUGAUACAAGUAUCUCCACGAUUAAGGAACUUUCUCAUGCAUUGGCCUCUCACCCUCCUUAUGAGAUUCCCAUAUCAAGUAUAAAAAUAAAACACCUCCAUUGCCAGGUUGCUACAACUGAGACUUUCUACAGUUUGAAUGCAACUAUAGUUGGGAUGGCAAUCAGUUCAGUAUCUGAGCAAUUGCCUCAAUGUGUUGGCUUGGGAAUCGUGAGAGCAGUUGAUACCUUCAAAGGAGUGCUCUAUGUUAUAACCCCUGUUCCACCUCAUAUUUUGGAAGAUGUUGAUUUGUUACUUCAAGGAUUCAUUCAAAUUCCUAUUUCUUUACUGCAGGUGCAGGGCUGUAUUUCCCCAUACUUGUCUACGAACGUACUUUCUACUAAUUAGGAUAUAGUACUAUUUGAUACUUCUUGUGUACUUAUGUCACUGGGAGAUCAUUUUUGUUGAAGAUCUUAUAUGGUAUAACGUGUGUAGAAACGUAGAUUAUGGAUGGAAGAACUGAUUUUACCUACAGAUUUAAUAGGAAUUUCACAAUUGUUAUCAUCA